ACGCCACUUCUUUCUCAGGAAAAGACUCCUUGAAAGAAAACAGUCGAUCUCGCAUCCAAUUGUCUCAGUCUAACGUCAUGGAAAGAGUUACUUUGUGUCGAGGCUGUAAGGAAAUAGAGCCACAGAAACAAUACCGGCUCGCCUAAAGCGGGUUGAUGCGCUGUUGUGAUUUUUAAAAGGAUCGAGCGAAGAUGCCCAGCAACCUGCUUUCGAGACUCGAGGAGCAAGUUUGUGUCUGAGGGGAAGGAAGGAAGGACGGAAAUGUGGAGCUGCCGUCUCACCAUGUACACGGAUACAAUCGUUAUCAACCAAAGUGCACUUUUUGGAAUUAUUCGCCUCCGGGACCGUUUCCAGGAUCCGUAAUGUGACAAAAGUGCGAGAAGUGUGGGGGGGAGAAAAAAACGAAAGGUUCCGGUUCACUUUUUGGGAUUUCCAAAAGACUCGUUGCAGGAGCUAGUUUGUGAAACCGGUUUUUAAACCGACUCGUUUGUUACACGAAAGUAGAACUCUGGGCAAUAACGAGGGCAUUUGGGUGCAUGCAAAUGACUUAGACUAAAGAUUGAAUGCAUCGAUGGGCCAGUAAUAUUCUCAUAAGCAUCGGAGUGCAGGUCAAGCUUAGUCAUUAAUAAAUCAGGCGUCGUAAACAUUUGUUGACUGACGGUGCUGUCGCACACCUGACCCAUGUCAUGUGAGAUGAGUUGAAAUAUUCAUUAAAGUGUCCUAGAUGUUUCCAAUACAGCUGCUCAGCACCACGUGCGUGUAGAUUGUUUUGGAACUAUUGAUAUUAUUGUUUUGUAACCCGCUCUGGAUCAGGUCAAGAUGUCGGUGAAAGCCAAAGCCCUGUACACCUUUCAAAGUGAAAACAAAGAGGAGAUUAGCAUCCAGGAGAACGAGGAACUGAUCAUCUUCGACGAGAACUCGGUGGACGGGUGGUUCCAAGGGGAGAACAGCCGAGGGGAGAGAGGUCUAUUCCCGGCGUCCUACGUGGAAGUCAUUCGCACGCGUUCCAACUCCAACGUGACCGACUGCUCCAUCAGCCCGGCGGGUUCUUUGGGCAAUGACUCGUACUUCCUGCCCUCCACGACGAACACCACCCUCAACACGCAACCCACGUACUACGAUAUUGACGAUGACGACGACUGGGACGACUGGGACGACAGGUCCACCGUGGUGGAGGACGCCGAUAACGACCGCGGUCCCGGCGCCAAUGGUCACUCGCAUCAGAGCCCGCCAUCCAACAACCCCAACGUGCAUUACCGGGCCAAGCCGCCCUUGGAGAGGCAGGACAGCAUCUCCAGCGGGAGGAAAGGCAGCAUGGUGGGCCGCAAUUUGAACCGCUUCUCCAGUUUCGUCCGUUCCGGCGUGGAGGCGUUUGUGCUGGGGGACGUGCCCAUGAUGGCGAAGAUAGCCGAGUCCUACACCAUCGAGAUGAGCCCCCAGGGGCCCAGAUGGAAGGAGAGCCCUCAGCCUUUCUCCUGCUCCAUCGAAGACCCCACCAAGCAGACCAAGUUUAAAGGCAUCAAGACGUACAUUUCGUACCGCGUGACACCGAGCCACACGGGUCGCCCCGUGUACAGACGCUACAAGCACUUUGACUGGCUCUACAACCGCCUGUUGCACAAGUUCACCGUGACCUCUGUGCCUCACCUGCCGGAGAAGCAGGCCACGGGGCGCUUCGAGGAGGACUUCAUCGAGAAGCGCAAGCGGCGGCUGAUCUUGUGGAUGAACCACAUGACCAGCCACCCGGUGUUCUCCCAGUACGAAGGCUUUGAGCACUUCCUCAUGUGCGCCGACGACAAGCAAUGGAAGCUGGGCAAGAGGCGGGCCGAGAAGGACGAGAUGGUCGGGGCGCACUUCAUGCUGACCCUUCAGAUCCCCAACGAGCACCAGGACCUUCAAGACGUGGAAGAACGCGUUGACACCUUCAAGAACUUUGCCAAGAAGAUGGACGACAGCGUCAUGCAGCUCACUCACGUCGCCUCGGAGCUGGUUCGCAAGCACUUGGGCGGCUUCCGGAAGGAAUUCCAACGACUGGGCAACUCAUUCCAGUCCAUCAGCCAAUCGUUCACGCUGGACCCUCCGCACAGCUCCGAGGCCCUCAACAACGCCAUAUCCCACACUGGCCGCACCUACGAGAACAUUGGCGAGCUGUUCGCGCAGCAGCCCAAGUACGACCUCUUCCAUAUGCUGGACACGCUCUCGCUCUACCAAGGCCUGCUAGGCAACUUCCCAGACAUCAUUCAUCUACAAAAAGGUGCCUUUGCCAAGGUGAAAGAAAGCCAGCGGAUGACCGACGAAGGCAAGAUGGACCAGGACGAGGCCGACGGCAUUCGGAAGCGCUGCCGGACGGUCGGCUUCGCGCUGCAGGCCGAGAUGAACCACUUCCACCGUCAGCGUGAGGUAGACUUUAAGGACAUGAUGCAGGCGUACCUCAGGGAGCAGAUCGCCUUCUACCAGCGCGUGGUGCAGCAACUGGAGCGCACGCUGCGCAUGUACGAAUGUCUUUAAGGAAUGCCGCCUGCCAAACUGGAGGACGCCCCUGACUGCGCAUUUUUCCCGAGACUGACUGUGCAUCUAUCACAUCACGGACGACAACGUCGCAGCAUAUUGUUUAUUUUACAUAAUUUAAGGUAUUAUCGCAUUACGUGUGGGUUUUAAAUUCCCGUAGCGGAUCGUUCGCACGAAAGCCAUCGAACGGGUUCAGUCACCUUCCCCUCGUCGUCUCACGUUUGACAAAAACUAUUUGGCUCGAUCUGUGGAGCAGUGAUCCAUCCAUAUGCUGCUGAGGUGCCUUAAAGCCACAUUUCCAACAAGCGGUCUAAUUCAGUUCAGUACGUUUAAUUGUGAUAUUUACCCAAAUGUAGUGUUGAUAAAGUGCUACCAUAUGCAUAAAACCCAAACCUUUAAAUA